GGUAACAGGUGCAUGAGAGAGGCUGUAGGGAGCAGAGGAGAAGACCACUGCAGUUAUCUGUGCUGUUACUGGCAACACUUGUGGAUGGACAAUGCCCAUACCAAGACGGUCGAGGAGGUGUUGGGGUAUUUUGGGGUGAACGAGUCCACGGGCUUGAGUAGUGAGCAGUUGAGGAAAAGCAGAGAGCGAUGGGGACCCAACGAAUUACCAGCAGAAGAAGGGAAGUCGCUAUGGGAACUGGUGCUGGAGCAGUUUGAGGAUUUGCUUGUGCGGAUUCUCCUUCUUGCAGCCUGUAUUUCCUUUACCCUGGCCUGGUUUGAGGAGGGUGAGGGCACCAUCACAGCCUUCGUUGAGCCUUUUGUCAUUCUCCUCAUCCUUAUUGCCAAUGCCAUUGUGGGGGUGUGGCAGGAGCGAAAUGCAGAAAAUGCCAUUGAGGCACUGAAAGAAUAUGAACCAGAGAUGGGGAAGGUGUACAGACAGGACAGGAAGAGUGUACAGAGAGUCCGAGCAAGAGAUAUUGUGCCUGGAGAUAUAGUGGAGGUGGCAGUGGGUGAUAAGGUUCCAGCAGACAUCAGGCUGACCUCCAUUCGUUCCACCACUCUGAGAGUAGACCAGUCCAUUUUGACGGGCGAGUCUGUCUCCGUGCUCAAACACACGGACCCCGUACCUGACCCCCGGGCGGUCAACCAGGACAAGAAGAAUAUGCUCUUUUCCGGCACGAACAUUGCUGCGGGGAGAGCAAUAGGUGUUGUAGUAGCCACUGGUGUGCAGACAGAAAUUGGUAAAAUCAGGGACGAGAUGGCAGCAACGGACCCAGAAAGAACUCCCUUACAGCAAAAACUAGACCAGUUUGGGGAGCAACUCUCAAAGGUGAUCACAGUAAUCUGUGUGGCAGUAUGGGGCAUCAACAUCGGCCACUUUAGUGAUCCUGUGCACGGAGGCAGUUGGCUGAGAGGAGCUGUGUACUACUUUAAGAUCGCUGUGGCUCUAGCUGUAGCUGCCAUCCCUGAGGGUCUUCCUGCUGUCAUUACCACUUGCCUGGCUUUGGGCACACGGCGCAUGGCAAGAAAAAAUGCCAUCGUCCGCUCCCUGCCCUCUGUGGAGACACUGGGCUGCACUUCUGUCAUCUGCUCCGACAAGACAGGCACACUGACCACCAACCAGAUGUCUGUCUGCAGGAUGUUUGUUGUGGAUCUCGUUGCGGGCGAGAGGUGUGUUCUGAAUGAGUUUUCAGUGACUGGAUCUACUUAUGCGCCUGAAGGGGAAGUGUACAAGGACGGUGCUGUGGUGCGCUGUAGUCAGUAUGACGCUCUGGUGGAAAUGGCCACCAUCUGUGCUUUGUGUAAUGAUUCUUCUCUGGAUUACAAUGAGAGUAAAGGUGUGUAUGAGAAGGUGGGUGAGGCUACAGAAACCGCUCUGUGCUGUCUGGUGGAGAAGAUGAAUGUGUUUGACACAGACCUGAGGAGUCUUACCCCUAUAGAGAGAGCCACUGCCUGCUGCUCAGUGAUAAAACAACUAAUGAGGAAGGAGCUGACUCUCGAGUUUUCUCGAGACAGGAAGUCCAUGUCUGUUUUCUGCUCUCCUAACAAACUCACCCGAUCAGCCACAGGAGCCAAGAUGUUUGUUAAGGGGGCACCAGAGGGUGUGCUGGAACGUUGCCGUUGGAUUCGGGUGGGGGGUGGUACUCGAGUGCCCUUGACCUCAGACCUCAGGGAGCAGCUGUUAGGCACAGUGAGAGAGUGGGGCUCAGGUCGGGACACCCUGCGCUGCCUCGCCAUGGCAACCAGAGACUCACCUCCUGACCCCCGAAUGCUGAACCUAGAGAACUCCUCUGCGUUCACGGAGUAUGAGUCUCACCUGACAUUUGUGGGCUGUGUGGGGAUGCUGGACCCUCCCAGGAAAGAAGUGCUAAACGCAGUGCGUAUGUGCAGACAGGCUGGUAUACGUGUCAUCAUGAUUACAGGUGAUAAUAAAGGCACAGCAUUGUCGAUCUGUCGGCGUGUUGGCAUCAUCACAGAGCAGGAGGAAGAGGAGGCUGAGGGUGCUCCCUUCGGUGGCGGACUGACCGGACGGGAGUUUGAUGAGCUGCCCCCACACCUGCAGCGGCAAGCCUGCCGAACUGCCCGCUGUUUCGCUCGUGUUGAACCCACACACAAGAGCCGUAUUGUAGAAUAUCUUCAGAGCCUCAGUGAUAUUACAGCUAUGACAGGCGAUGGGGUGAAUGAUGCCCCAGCUCUGAAGAAGGCUGAAAUAGGUAUAGCAAUGGGCUCAGGGACGGCAGUGGCUAAAUCAGCUUCGGAGAUGAUCCUGGCAGAUGAUAACUUCUCCACCAUAGUGGCUGCAGUAGAAGAAGGCAGAGCCAUUUACAACAACAUGAAGCAGUUCAUCCGCUACCUCAUCUCCUCCAACAUUGGAGAGGUGGUGUGCAUUUUCCUGACUGCUGCUCUGGGCAUGCCCGAGGCUCUUAUCCCUGUCCAGUUGCUUUGGGUGAAUCUGGUGACGGAUGGCUUCCCGGCCACUGCUCUGGGAUUCAACCCUCCGGACCUCGACAUAAUGUCGCGUCCCCCACGCUCCCCCAAGGAACCCCUCAUCUCUGGAUGGCUUUUUUGCAGAUACCUCAUCAUUGGCUGUUAUGUGGGAGUGGCCACAGUGGGUGCUGCUGCUUGGUGGUUCAUGGCAGCACAUGAUGGACCUAAACUCUCCUUCUAUCAACUGUCUCAUUAUCUGCAGUGCAGUGAGGGACAUGCUGACUUUGCAGGAGUUCAGUGUUCUGUAUUUGAGUCUCCCUAUCCAAUGACUAUGGCCCUAUCAGUGCUGGUCACCAUAGAGAUGUGCAAUGCUCUCAACAGCCUCUCUGAGAACCAGUCUCUUCUGAAGAUGCCUCCCUGGUCCAAUCCAUGGCUGGUGGGAGCUAUCUGUCUCUCCAUGGCUCUACAUUUCCUUAUCCUAUAUGUCGACCCACUGCCUGUGAUAUUCCAGAUCCGACCGUUGUCCUGGCCACAGUGGGUGACUGUCCUGAAGAUGUCCCUGCCGGUCAUCCUGAUGGACGAAGCGCUCAAAUUCUUGGCCAGGAACUACAUUGAGCCGAGCAGUGAUUUGGAGCAGGAGGAAGAAGAGAGACUGCAUCGCCGUCACGGUGAUGGCGGGGCAUUCGGAGGUUUGCUUGGGAAGACACGUCGGGCCCUAAAGGGCGUGUCCUGGGCAUUUGUGUUAAUCUCUGCUCCUCUUUUAGCCUGGAUCUACAGCCUGGACUCAGAUAUCACCAAUAUCUUCUGGGAGUAGAGAACGAGAAAUAGAAUGAGUGUGUGAGAGUGAAUGAGAGCAUGAGAGAAAGAGAGAGAGAUAACUAUUAUUUCUGCUUGGUAAGAGUUGCUGUUCGAGUGAGGAGCGCAACCGCCUUUUUGGUGCUGAGGGAAAGAGCAAAGAAUGAAAAAAGAACAUAAGAGAAAUAAACAAGCAAAAAAGGGAAAAAGAAAGGGAGGUUUGGGAAGAAGAAAUGAACCUGGACAAUCAGGGAUGAUUAGAACAGACAGAAAAAAAGAGAGAGGAAAGGCAAUUGUCAGAUUCUGUCUUCAUUUUUGUGGAAUUUUGUGGGUUUCUUUUGCUUUUGCUCUUCAGCUUCAGCACCAUGUCCUUUUCUAAGCCGUCAGAAGUCCAGAGGUGUUCUCAUGCCUGCUUUUGGACUGUUGAUGAGGUUGGGCACGUGGCAUUUAAAUGUCCAUUCCUAGGUUAACAUUUACAUGAGCCGUGCAUACGGUAUGAACGAAAGGGUUACACUCAUAGGCAAUACAGGACGCGCUCAUUCAUGGACAGUUUGUCAGUAAACAUUAAAAAGUACUGUCUUAUGUUAGUUUUUGUUUUAUAAUUGUUUUUAAUAGUUUGCCUGCAUUUUAAGAGAUGUUACUUGUUCUUAAUUGUUAAGGAAUUUGCCACCAUUAAUAUCUGGUACAAGUCGGAGAGUAAUGGUCCGAGGCAUCCGUAUAAGGAAUAUCUCAUAAUAUAGAAAGAAAGAGAGUAUCAAUACUUGAUCAUAUUCUCUUAGUGGUAAAGAUGAAGUAAAUGGCACAGUUUUCCAAGUAGUCUCAUUCAGCUGGAUGUAACAGUUGUUUUAUUUCACUGUUAACAUUGUCAGCAGUCUUAAAUAGCAGUUUUUUUUCAAGGUAGAUUUAUUUUUUGGUGCUUUGUAUUUCAUCAUUUUCUGCAGAUCAGGAGAAAGUCUAUUUGUAAGCCUCAUUGGACACAAUUCAGACGACAUAAUUUUAACAUGUCUUUAUUCCAUUAAUGAUGUUCCACAGCUACCUUUCUGUUUGUCUAAUUUCACACACCCUUUAUGAUAUUUAGGACGCACAGACUUAUUUCCUUUAAUCACUGCCCCACAGCUACACUUACCUGCAGACAAACAAACAUGACUGCUUCCUGCAUUCGUAAUUUGGCUGAUGGAUGAUUCUUCACUGCAGUAGAAGGAAUGACAGUGCGUCUUUUCAAAGGUCACAGCUGUGUUUCCCAAAAACACUAUGACGCAAAGUCUGCAACCUCCCUUGUGAUUGGCAUAGGCAUUUACCUAAAGGGUAGCAGUAACUCUCCCAUGUUAAACUGUGAUCGUCAUAGUCUGUUUCUCAUGGUGGGAGGCAAAUCAUUUUUGGAAAACCAAGCCCAGACUGGUCAGGCAUGUUGCUGCUCGAGAGCUGGUCUGCUCACCCAGCAGCUAAAGCACCGCCGUGCAUUUCAUUCUUUUGCUCGUUUUUGUCUUUUAUUACUUACGAAAAAGCUGUUUACUGUCUUCAACUUGCACAACUUUUCAGUCAUUAUCUUCAUUAAUAUUGUGUCACAUUACCGUUAUUGAUUUUAUUAAUGUUCCUCUAGUCAUUGUGACAGCUUUUAGUUCUCCAGUUGUGCCCCCAGGUAGUUCUCUUGCCUGUAAUGUAGUCGUUUUUCCCUCUUUUUACGCUAGCAGGAUUUGCAGAAUGGGAAAGUGAAAGGAUGCCUGUAGCGAGGAGUUCUUGAACACACAUAAAGCGGCAAGAAAGGGAAAAAAAGAGAUUGAGGAAAUACAGCAUACUGUCUUUCCCUUUCUUCUACUUUCUUGCGGUCAUCCUUGUUUAUCCCCAAAGUUACAUUUUGUUCUAUGUGUGCUAUUUUCAUUGGAAACCAGUGUGCAAAAAUAGUGAAAAAUUUAAGAAAACACAACAAAUUGCUAAGAAAGAAACUCAUUAUUUCAUGUGCGUGUCACAUUUUAUUUUGUAAUUUUUUUGUUUGUUUUUUUUUGUUUUUUUAAACAAAGGAAGUGACUUUUGUAGUUUUUUGUUAUUAAUGUAAUUUAUACCAUUAUUGUCACUUUACUGCUAUUUCAUUGAUGGAGAAACGUGAAAAAUGCUUCAUGGAAUGGAAAUAAACAGUUACAGUUCA